CAAAUAUAAAAACAUUCGAACACGGGAAAUGUAUCAUUUUACGAUCUCGAAUAUCGGAUUGUCCGCGUUCUUUGGUCGAAAAUGUUGCGCUUUUUGUCCAUAUUCCUGCUCUUUUUAAACGCUUUUCUCUCCGUUACUUCCACAGACGAUCCUGAACGUUUAAAACUGUUGGGUCUAACAGUCGCUACCGAUGAAACGGAUGGAUUCAAACGCUUCAUGCGUUCAGCUGAUAUUUUUGACAUACCAAUCAAGGUUGCAGGGAUGCAUGAGGAAUGGAAGGGUGGAAAUAUGGAGUUACAUCCAGGCGGAGGUCACAAGCUAAACUUGUUGCGUAAGGAGAUUGAGUUGUUGAAGAAUGAAACUGAUUUGGUUGUCAUGUUUACCGACAGUUACGAUGUUGUAUUUGCUGCUGGUGCUGAUGAAAUUCUGAAAAGAUUUUUAGCAUUUAAAUCUAAGGUGGUCAUUUCAGCAGAAGACUUUCUUUGGCCUGACAAGACUUUGCUGGAUGAAUACCCUGAAGUGACAGAAGGGAAACGAUUUCUCUGUUCGGGAGGUAUAAUUGGAUAUGCACCAGAGGUGUUUCAACUAAUGACACAUCAUGAGGUGAAAGACACAGAUGAUGACCAAUUAUAUUAUACCAAACUUUACCUGGAUGCAAAGCUAAGAAAUAAACUGCAGAUGAAAUUGGACCACAAAAGUGAAAUAUUUCAGAACCUAAACGGAGCGAAAGCUGAAUCACAACUUGUAGCUGACGAAAACAGCGUGUGGUUUGAAAACACGCUUUAUGGCACCAAACCUGUCGUGCUUCAUGGCAAUGGACCGUCAAAGUUGUUUUUGAACUACCUGGCAAACUACAUCCCUAAAGGAUGGAGUCCAAAAGAGGGCUGCCUAAGUUGUCUGGAAAACACUUUCAGUAUGGAUGAUUAUAAGACUGAAGAUUAUCCAAGUGUUCUGGUAGCCGUUUUUGUGGAAGCUCCAACGCCCUUCUUCUCGGAAUCUCUAGAACGAUUGGUAUCAAUGGAAUACCCUCAAAGCAGAAUUGAUGUGUUUAUACAUAAUGUGGAACCAUAUCAUGAAAAGCAAAUCCAGAAUUUCAUUUCCACGCACGGAAAAUCUUACAAUUCUGUGAAAUAUAUCGCGCCAGGGGAAUAUUUCAGUGAAACCAAAGCCAGAAAUUAUGCUCUUGAAUACUGUCUUUCCAAACACUGUCAAUAUCUGUUUGUCAUCGACUCCGAUGUUGUAUUGACCGAGCCGAAGACUUUGAAAAUCCUCAUGGAGCAAAACAGAUCAAUAAUUGCUCCAAAACUUAGCAAACACGGAAAGCUGUGGUCUAACUUCUGGGGGGACAUUGGAAGUGAUGGAUUCUACGCACGAUCAAGAGAUUAUGUCGAAAUUGUCAACGGCAAUAAAAAGGGAGUUUGGAACGUGCCUUAUAUAGCUUCAAGCUACCUGGCCCACCACACUGCCUUGAGACAAGUUAAAAACCCAUACAGCAGCACGACUUUUGAGGCUGAUAUGGCAUUCUGUGCGUCGAUUAGGUCAAAGGGUAUUUUUAUGUACGUGAACAAUCUUAUGCCAUUCGGUCGACUGCUGGACACGUCGAUAUUCACUACAACAAAGAAGCAUGGAGAUAUGUAUGAGAUGGUUAAUAAUGUUCUCGACUGGGAAGCGAAGUAUCUUCAUCCGGACUGGUAUAAGUUGAGGACGAAAGAGUGGAAGAUGCCUGAGCCUUGCCCGGACGUAUAUUGGGUGCCACUAUUCUCAGAAACAUUCGCUUUACACCUGUGGCAGGAAUGCGAACACUUUGGCGGGUGGUCUGGCGGGGGUCACAAGGAUAAUCGUAUUGCUGGUGGUUACGAGAACGUUCCGACCGUUGAUAUCCAUAUGAAACAGAUUGCUUUCGAAGCACACUGGAUGCAUUUCUUAAAGACAUACGUUGCGCCCAUAGCAAAUCAUAUUUUCACUGGAUAUUAUUCUGAGGCGCGGGCUUAUAUGAACUUCGUGGUAAAAUACCAUCCAGAUAAACAAUUCCUCCUCCGACCUCAUCACGAUUCUUCGACUUAUACUAUCAAUGUCGCUCUAAAUAAACGUGGGGUUGAUUAUGAGGGUGGCGGUGCCCGCUUUAUUCGUUACGAUUGUUCCGUACAGGAUACGAGGGUUGGCUGGGCACUUAUGCAUCCGGGUCGACUCACACAUCAACACGAGGGACUUCCCACCACUAAUGGUACACGAUAUAUCAUGGUAUCCUUCAUUGAUCCUUGAGAAUCCGCUCCGUCUACAGAAUUGAGAAAUGUAGAAAAUUAAAGAGUACUACGUUAAUUUUUUGACGGACAUGGAAGCAAUUCUGGAAGCUAGACAUAAGUCGCAAUAUAUAAAGCUUAGUUUUUGUGUUGUCGAAAUUGUCGUGAAGAUCUCAAAAUGCUCGAUGUGAGAGUUUUGAUACCUCUGUCAAAAAGAAUGAUAAUGAGUACAGAAAAUAUAUAACAAAAAUAUUCAACCGGGAUACUUUACAUCGUUGAGAAUGUUUCUCGACUAUUACGAUAUAAUAGAAACUUGGCUUUGCAGCUAUAAUUAUGACCUCUCAGAAAAAUCAAAGCAAUUUCGUAUGGUCCUUUUAGAAUAUAUCGCAUUUUGUAUUGCAUCGAUCUUUAUAAAGUUAAUUCAUAUUUAAAUAG